AUGGGUGCCUGUGAGAGGUUGAAAAGCCUCAAAACUCAGAACCAGCUCCCCCUUGUUUGCAUUCAAGAGCCCAAAAGGAAAGCUAAACAUCUUAUCAAAUACAUGAUGAAGUUGGGAUUUCAGCAUGCCACUAAUAACCUUAAUAAUAAAAUUUGGCUGUUUUGGGACUCUUCCAUUAGAGUUCAAGUGAUUGCUAAUUCCCAACAACACAUUCCUUGUCGUAUUACUUGCAUCAAUAGUUGCACUACCUUCUACUUAACCACUGUUUAUGCUGAAUGCACCAUACCUCUCAGGAAACCACUUUGGGAGGAACUUCUGAGUUUGUCGAACAAACUGAAGGGACCAUGGGGGGUGAUAGGUGAUUUUAAUGUGAUCGCCUGUCCAGAGGAAAAACAUGGUGGUGCACCUUAUAAUAUGCAGAAAAGUAUGGAUUUCCUUGAAUGUCUAACAGAUUGUGGCCUUAUUGAUGCAGGCUAUACAGGUGCACAGUACACAUGGUGUAAUAACUGGGGACAUCCCAAAACCAUUUGGAAGAGACUGGAUAGGUUGGUAUACAAUGAAGCAUGGUUGGAUAAGUUUAAUGGCACAUCGGUCUCUCACCUGGCCAGGACAGGCUCAGACCAUGCCCCCCUACUGGCCAAUGUUGAAAAAGAGAAGAUAAUGCCUAUUAGAUACUUUAAGUUCCUCAAUAUUUGGUGUAAACACAAAGACUUCCAAGAUACUGUGAAAGAAGUGUGGAUGAAUCCAACCCAGGGAACUGCUAUUUGGCAACUCUAUGUCAAAAUGAAAGCGGUUGCAAAGAGGCUAAGCUGCUGGUCCAGAGAAGCUUUUGGUGACAUUUUUAAAGAUGUCAAGGAAGCAGAACAACAAGUUGAGGAGCUGGAGAAGAAGCAUAUUGCAACUCCUAGUGAUGAGACUAGAAGCAACCUUAAUAAAGCAAGGGCUGAAUUCAUAAGGUUGGUGAAGAAUCAAGAGGAAAUAUUCAGUCAAAAAGCUAAAGCAAGGUGGUUGAAGGAUGGAGAUAAGAAUACUGCUUAUUUCCAUAAAGUUAUUAAAGAUAGAAGAAGAAAACUAAACCUUCAAAGUGCAAUGGAUAAUGAAGGACAUAGAAUAGAAGGACAUCAGAAUAUUGCAAUUGCUGCAAUAAAACACUUUGAGGAUUUAUUUAGCUACCAAGAAAUUAAAGGCAGCUUUAAAAUCCUAGACAUACUUCCUCAAAUGGUUACUGAGAAGAUGAAUUCCAUGCUGACGGCUAAGCCAACAAAACAGGAGGUAACAAAUGCCAUUGAAAAUAUGGAUCCUGAAAGUGCUCCAGGCCCUGAUGGGUUUGGAGCAAAAUUCUUUCAAAUAUGCAUAGACUGUAUUAUCACUGAUGUUCAUAAUGUUGUUACUGAGUUUUUUGAAGGUGCAGAAAUGCCUAGAAAUGGUUUCUUUAGGUCCAAUAGAGGCUUAAGACAGGGGGAUCCCCUUUCCCCUGCCUUGUUUGUAAUUUGUACUGAAAUGUUUUCAAGGAUGCUUAAUAACCUGGUUGUUGAUGAGAAUUAUACAGGGUUUUACAGGCCUAAUAAAGCCCCUCAUAUUACUUAUUUGGCAUUUGCAGAUUAUGUCAUUUAUUUUACAUCAGGUAAGCCUGCUGAUUUAAGGAAAGUUUUGAAGAUACUAACAGUGUAUGAGAAUGUUUCAGGUCAACUAAUUAAUAAGCAAAAGAGUUGUGUAGCUUUUGCCCCCAAGGCCAGCUUUGAGGUUACUCACAGAGUUACCCACCUCACUGAGAUGAAUAGAAAAAAAUGGCCCAUUAAAUAUCUUGGCUGUCCUCUCUUUGUAGGGAGAAUGAAGAUUAUAUACUUUUCAGAGAGGGUUCAGUCUAUAUCAAAAAGAAUCCUAUCCUGGCAUGCAAAAUACUUGUCUAUGGGUGGUAGAAUAGUUUUAAUCAACCAUGUGCUAAUGGCAAUGCCAAUUCAUCUCCUAGCAGCAUUGAAACCCCCUAAAGGAACCUUUGAACAGCUGGAAGGUGCUCUAACAAGGUUCCUAUGGAGUGGAAAUGAGGCUGAAAGGAAAUAUCACUGGAGCAAAUGGGAAGCAAUGUGUCUACCAUGUGAAGAAGAAGGGGUUGGUUUUAGAUGCCUAAGGGAUGUUAGUAAUGCUUGUACGACGCCCAAACAAAUGGUGGAAAUUGAGAACACAAGAAUCAGUGUGGAAGGAUUAUAUGUUGACUAA